CGUGAGGCAGAUUUCUGCCUGUUUACCGACAGCUUGGUGUAAUACUAAAGUGUUUAGCGAGAUAGGAGCUGUUGGACACUCGUUGUAAUGUUUAGGACGAGUUAAAAUGUGUCUUUUUAAUCGUAGCAUUGAAUGUCCUCAAUAAAAAAGGUGUGUACAAAGUUUCUGAUUUGACGUGGAUUAGUUUUGUUUCCAGUGGGAGCCCACCGGUCAGUUAGCGUUAGACAGCUAGCGCUAAUCCGAAGGGAUAACUAACUAGUUUAAUCCGAGUUUGAUAAUCCUUUCACAUUUCUACAGUUGAACAGAGGAGGGGGAGGAGUAUCCUCCUCCAAUGUCCGUCCUCAUACAAACUUCAAGGUUCCGCUCAACAAGUAACCGAAACUCACAGGUUCGGUUACUUGGACAUUUAUAAGACCGCAUUGAAACUUGACGCAAAAUCACUUUAACUGCGCCCGAAGGAAUGCGGACUAAACUUGGAAGUCGUCAAACGGAAACGUGACCUGGUGAAACGGAAAAAAAGGGGGGUAACGUUAUCGGUGCCAGCGGAGCACCGCUCCUCGGGGCACGAGACAUUUGCGCUCAAGGAAAGGAAGCGACACGAUGGCACUCCGCGGACGAAAGAGUCGACCCAAGUUACUUUUUGUCGUCGUCGGUGUCACUUUGGUGGGGUACCUGGUCUUUUUCAGACACAACUCGGGGGAAGUGAGCGAGACGAAUCGGCGAGAGGUCCCCGGAGAGCGAGAGGUGGGAGACGAAGAGCUGAAGAAACCCGUCUACGAGAGGCCCCCCCCGGAUCUAAAUGCCCUGGGUGAAGGGGGGAGAGCCGUCAAACUCAAUCUGAACGGAGAGGAGAAAAGAAAAGAGGAGGAGAGCAUCAAGAAACACCAGAUCAACACUUAUGUCAGUGAUAAAUUGUCGUUGCACCGUAAACUGCCAGAGAGAUGGAACCCACUGUGCAGAGAUGUGAAGUAUGACUACCGGUCCCUGCCCACGACCUCCGUGGUCAUCGCCUUCUACAACGAGGCCUGGUCCACCCUGCUGAGGACGGUGCACAGCGUGCUGGAGACGUCGCCCGACAUCCUGCUGAAAGAGGUGGUGCUGGUGGACGACUACAGCGACAGAGCUCACCUGAAGGAGCCGUUGGAGAAGUACAUCUCGGGUUUGAGGAAGGUGCGUCUGAUCCGGGCCACCAAGAGGGAGGGGUUGGUGCGGGCGCGGCUGCUCGGGGCGUCUAUCACCUCUGGUGACGUGCUGACCUUCCUGGACUGUCACUGCGAGUGUCAUGAAGGCUGGUUAGAGCCCCUGCUCCACAGGAUCAAAGAGGAGCCGUCGGCUGUGGUGUGUCCUGUUAUUGAUGUGAUCGACUGGAACACCUUCCAGUAUUUAGGGAACUCCGGUGAACCCCAAAUCGGGGGGUUCGAUUGGCGGUUGGUCUUUACCUGGCACGUCGUCCCAGAUUAUGAACAGAAACGCCGCCGCUCGCCCAUCGAUGUCAUCAGGUCUCCCACUAUGGCAGGGGGUCUGUUUGCUGUGAGCAAGAACUACUUCCAGUACCUGGGCACAUACGACACAGGGAUGGAGGUGUGGGGAGGAGAGAACCUGGAAUUCUCCUUCAGGAUUUGGCAGUGCGGGGGCAGCCUGGAGGUCCACCCAUGCUCCCAUGUGGGCCAUAUAUUCCCUAAAAAGGCCCCUUACUCGCGUAGCAAAGCGCUGGCGAACAGCGUGAGAGCCGCUGAGGUCUGGAUGGAUGAAUACAAAGAGGUCUACUACCACCGAAACCCCCUCGCACGACUGGAGGCCUUCGGGGAUGUGACGGAGCGGAAGAAGCUGAGAGAGAAGCUGGGCUGUAAGAGCUUCAGGUGGUAUCUGGAUAAUGUUUACCCCGACAUUCACCUCCCAGAGGAUCGGCCCGGCAUGUUUGGAAUGCUGAAGAACCGGGGCAAGAACAACUACUGCUUCGACUACAACCCUACAGAUGAAAACACAGUGGUGGGCCAACGGGUCAUCAUGUACUCGUGCCACGGCAUGGGUCAGAACCAGUUCUUUGAAUACUCCCCGGACGGUGAGAUCCGCUACAACGCAAGGGUGCCUGCUGGAUGCGUUGUGGGUGACAACAUCAGCACCUACCUGACUUUGCAGCUGUGCAGAAAACGAGGACAACCUCUACCUGCAGACCAGAAGUUUGUCCUCAAAGAGGAUGGGAGCCUGUACCACCCGGUGAGCCAGAAGUGUGUUCAGGCGGUGGACAAGACAGACAACGGGACACCAGCCCCCUCACUCCAACCCUGCUCCGACAGCCUCCACCAGAAGUGGUUCUUUCAGGAGAGAAUGUAAUGGUAUCAAAGUAGAAUAUAUUUUUCAUUAAUGGCGGGUAUCCUGAGGAGGGAUAUGGGUGGAUUGUGAUAUGUUUGCUUCGCCCCGAAAGAAAUCCAAAGGGGGGGGAAAGCUUCCACGCUCUCUUCCAAAAUUCAACAUUUGCACAUUUACGUGCCAGCUGGAUAUAAUGGACCGAUAGGAAAUUAUACUCGAAUGUACUUUCUGAAGAACUUUGAGAAUAUAUAUGUAUGGGAAUCAUUUUUCUUGGAUGCUGUUGCUGGGAGACAGGAGUCUACUGGAUUAUAUAUUGUUUUUAUAAUCAAGGGGGAUGAGGGAGAACCUGCACAAUUGUACAUGCUGAUAUUUUUUUUUUCCUUGUUUUACAUUCACCCUCUCCGGUACUGGUGCAAUCUUUGAGAUCAGUUUAGCUCACUUGCUUUAUGCAAGCACUGAAACACGUGUGUGCGUCCAUCUGAAUGCGUUGGAGCGCAGGGAUUUUUAGAGCCACAUUUUGAAACGUUUGCGUUGGUCUCCUGCAGAGGGGGCCAACGCUCCUCUCUGCAAGUUCCUGUCGUUCACUGGGUUCUCUACUCGUUGAGAGAAAGUGGGACAAAUCUUCAGGUAUUUUGUUCAAAAACCUUUUCAGGACAUUUUGAUUGCUUUGUACUCUCGCUUACCGGUGGCUUAGAAGAAGCCUUUAGAUCACAGGCAUUAUGCAAGUAGCUAGGACCUCUUCAGCUUAAUCACCUGACUACUGAGAACAGGAGGAACUCCAGUCUUCUUAUUCCGUCCUGCUUUUGUCCUUUUGCAAUGCAAAUUUAACUUUAAAGUAAAAUGACAUGACGUGGGUCAUUUAGCUAGUUGUUGUGUGCUCUUUAAACACAUCUUCAACAGACUUAAUCAUAUCAUAUCUUCUAGGUUUACUUUGUGUGUCAUCAACUAUGUUUAUUUAAAAUGAUGUAUUUAGAUAAGACUAAAUGACUGUGUUAUUUCAAAGCUUUUAUAUUUUAAAUGAAGUCAUAAAUAAGAGGGAAUGUAUUCACUUAAUGUUGGUAAGUGCAAAUUGUAAGAAUAAGAUCCUCUGUCCCAUCUUUCUUGUACACUUGAAGCCAAUAGAAAGUGCCUAAAUGUAAGAGCCUUAUAGUUCUA